AUGCCUCUACUAGAACCCCUCAACAUCAUCUUCGAGGCUGUAAUCACAACCUUAUCAAUCCUCUGUUUCCUCGCCAUUACAGGAGCCUUCGCUGCAGCUGGAUACUAUGUCGCCGCACCUUUGGGUUACCUCGCUCUCCGGCUCAUCGGCCUUGCAUGGGGACAGACUACACCUCCGACUCGCAAAGAGACGCGUUGGGUGGGAGUGAUGUUUAUCGGAUUAACGAUUCUUAUCAUAUUGCUGUUCAAAAUGAUUGAGCCGGAGUUUGCGAGCACUACAUCUAUUAUGCCCGGGCUUCGGGGCUUGUCGCAGUUGAUGUGGUUUAAUUGUGUUGUUUACCUUGAUGCUGGUUUGAGAGCGGUAGUAAUCACAGGUAUGCUGAGUGCAGUGGUCAUGGGAGUGCGUUGGGCGGGCUUACUCUAG